CGGCGGGGCGCGGAGCGGAGCGGGGAGGCGGGAGGCGGGCGCUGUCCAUGGCUCUCGGAGCGCCCCGGGCUCCGCCGCGCCGCCGAGCGGAGCGAUGGGCAACACGGUGCACAAGACCCUGGCAGACACAAGCCACCAGACCCGCUCCGUCUCCAGCCGUCCCUACUACAGCUUGCCCAACAGCAGCCAUGAGAGACGCUCGGUCCUUGCUAUCACGGAGCCGCCGCGUUUCCAUUCCCAAGCCAAAGGCAAGAACGUGCGUCUGGAUGCUCACUCCCGCAAGGCCACGCGGAGGAACAGUUUCUGCAAUGGAGUCACCUUCACCAACCGGCCCAUCCACCUCUAUGAGAAAGUCAGGCUGAAGCUGGUGGCUGUGCACCACGGCUGGAGUGGUGCCCUACGGUUCGGCUUCACCAUUCAUGACCCAUCGCAGAUGAGCUCUGACGAGAUACCAAAGUACGCCUGUCCAGACCUGGUGACCCGACCCGGAUACUGGGCCAAAGCUUUGCCGGAGAGGUUUGCUGUGAGAGACAAUAUCUUGGCCUUCUGGGUUGACCGUCAUGGGAGAGUCUUCUACAGUAUUAAUGAUGAGGAGCCAAUAUUGUUUCACUGUGGUAUUAAAGUUUCCGGUCCCCUCUGGGCACUCAUAGACGUCUAUGGAAUUACCCAUGAAGUGCAAAUACUAGAUAGCAUGUUUGCAGAGACCAUGACCACUGCCCGUCUCAGCUCUGCCCGUCUCAGCACUUGCCUUCCUCAGAGCAACCACGAUUCAGCCAAUUUCAAUAACAACGAACUGGAGAAUAACCAAGUGGUGGCCAAAAUUGCAAACCUAAACCUAAGUCGGGUACCAGGACUUGCGACAGACAACCACAUCAUCCCCUGUUGCCCAAACCGGAGGCAGCAUGCCCAUGGGGUCCCAGCCUUCCUGGACACAGACCUGCGAUUCCAUCCGACCCGCGGACCUGACAUCACCUUUUCUCAGGACCGCAUGGUUGCAUGCACCAACUGGCAAGAAAGCAAUAGGACUUUGGUGUUUUCUGACCGGCCUUUGCACAUUGGUGAAAGCCUCUUUGUGGAAGUAGGACAUCUUGGGUUGCCAUACUAUGGGGCCCUUUCAUUCGGCAUCACUUCUUGUGAUCCGAGUACUUUACGGACAAAUGAGCUCCCAGCAGAUCCAGACUUUCUCUUGGACCGCAAGGAGUACUGGGUGGUUUACCGAGCGUUCCCAGUCCUCAACAACGGCGACAUUCUCAGUUUCAUGGUCUUGCCAAACGGGGAGGUGCACCACGGGGUGAAUGGAGGCAGCCGAGGGAUGCUGAUGUGUGUGGACACCUCGCAGUCUCUCUGGGUGUUUUUUACGAUCCAUGGUGUAAUCAACCAGCUCAAAAUACUGGGCACUGUGCAGUCCAGCCCAGUGACCGUCUCUCCCUCAGGAUCACCUGGUGGCUCACAGUAUGACAGCGACUCGGACAUGGCCUUCAGUGUGAACAGGUCGUCAUCUGCUUCAGAGUCAUCAUUGGUGACUGCUCCCAGCUCCCCUCUGAGCCCCCCCAUCUCUCCCGUUUUCCCCCCUCCGGAGCCAUCAAGCAGCAAGAAUGGGGAGUGCACCGUUUGCUUUGACAGCGAGGUGGACACGGUGAUCUACACCUGCGGACACAUGUGCCUCUGCAACACCUGCGGUCUUAAGCUGAAGAAGCAGCUCAAUGCCUGCUGCCCAAUCUGCCGACGGGUCAUCAAAGAUGUUAUUAAGAUAUACCGCCCGUAGCGCCCGGCUCGGGCGGUAGGAAGGGGGAACGCCGCUAGCAGUAACCAUGCCUUUCCGUCCCUGCUUAUGGGUUAUCGUGCUGGUCAGUCGUUAUCAAGUGGCUCGUUAUCUGUGUUUCCUUAUUUGACUGGUAGGGCACAAUUCAGGGAUCAAAUUGAGCUGAGGAUCACGUGGGGCCCAAAGGCACGGCUGCCAUGCCGGCCAGGCUGUGUGCCCAUGGGUGAAUCUGGGGAAUCGCGGUCUGGAUCCGACCCAGCUGCAAAUGAGAAAUUUCCUGUGCAAAGGCUCUUUUUUUGCCUCCUCCUCUGGGGGAGGAGGCUCUUGCUGUGGUGCGUGUUGGGAAGGGGAGGUUGCCACUUACUUGGUCAGUGCUGGGUGCCACUGGGCUUCCCAACCCCAAAACCCCAACACCUCUGGGCUGUUGCCAGAUGCUUGCGCUGUGGUGGGAUAAAAUUAGGACAAGGCCCAGUGGGAGGGUUCAAAGUGGACAAAACUGAUCUGGAAAUGUCAUGUUCACCCGUGUAAGGGGAAUUAGCCGAGGCCAAAAUAGUAGCACAGACAGAUUCUCUCUUGUUUGGGUUUUGCCCGCCUUGAGCAGGCUUCUGGGGCAUGUAGAGAAGCUGGUCUGGCUUUAGAUAAAGCAGCUUAGAUAAAGCAGCUUUUGCUUUUCUGUGGCAGAGCAGGGACUUUUGGCCAGGGAGGCUGAGACCCAUGGAGCAGCCACAGGGUAGCGGUGAGGAGCAUGAGCCCACUGAGAGCCCCAGCUGCUGCAGCAGCAGUGAUGGAGCAGUGACCAGCAGCAAUGUGCUGUUCAGGCACUGCCGUAUGGCUGGCUGCUGAAGCCAUAAAUUGCAGCCUGCGGAUGAGAGGGGCGUUUGGAUGGGCACACUGCAAUCCUGGCUUAGAAAAAGCGCAGGGCUACCAUCAUCUGCAGUGAUGGUGUUUGUCACCUCCAGGCACACACGCCUGCGUUUUCCUCUGCUCCUCUUUGCAGGUGGUGUAGCUGCCAUCUCACACCAUCCUGCCUGGCUCACCUCCUUUAGCCCUUCCCCUGCUGCCAGCGCCGCAGCAGGGCUCAGCCUUCCUCCUGCCCACCACAGGGACUUUUUGGAGCCCGUGGUGAGAAACCGAUUUCUGUCCCAGUCCCAGCAGGCUUACCUUUUUUCUAGGGACUGUGUAUCUGCUGAUUUUACCUGCUCUUUCUCAUGCCUUUCCAGGUUUCCCAGCACAGCUCCCAGCUGUCCAGACACUAGGUCCCAACAGUAGUUGAGAACUUGCUGAGAUGAACAGGAAUUUCUCUCACUUGGCUGUACUUGGGAAGAGGAAUGGAAAGGGCUCUGGGACUAUUAGUAGAUGUUGGGACUUAAAAGGUAAAUGGGUUUCAGCUGUGAUAUUAGCUACAAGCAGCAGCAACCUGGAUGAGCUGGUUGAGCAUCUGAGUAUGCAGUAUUGGUGCUGGUUUGAGGAGCUUGGUGUCUUUCCUGCUACUCCUGUAGGAGCUACCCUCUAUUUUCCAUCCUCUGCCCACUUGCAUGGCUCCUGUCCAGUCCUUCAGCCUGCGCCUGGUUGGUCUCCAACUGGUCCAGGUUUGUAAAGAGGGGAAGAGAGAGGAUGCAAGUGGUAAGAUAAGAGAGGGGCUGGUGUUGUUCUAGCUCGGUGACCAUGUGCCACCAAGUGCAUAGAAACAGCUUUCUUCAGAAAGGUGCAAUUACUGCAUUUUUGUCCAAAAAAAAAAAGGAAAAAGAGAAUAGCAACCCCUGUAUAUUCAGGGUUUCUGGGCCCAGAGGGGCAGCCUGACAUCGUUGGUGUCUGUCACCUUGCCUUGCCAUUUACUCUCUCCUCCAAGAUGCCGUAGCCAUGGGUGCGCUGCCGUCUCUCGCAGUGCCGGUGGUUGGUGGUACCACCAGUGCAGCACUUGUUACUGACCGGCACUUUGCCCCAUCUCAGCCCUGCUCCACCAUCAGGAGGGCACACUGAGGAGCAGCUCAUCCUCCUCCCGCAGCGGCUGUGGCUGCCAGCUCACAGGGCAUGGAGAAAACCUUUGGGUUUUUUUUUAUCUUGAAGAGCUAAAUAACAUUUUAAUUCCGUGUAUAAAUGAGAGGCUGCUGUAGGGUGAGAUCCCUUACCCAUUGCCCUGCUGCAUUGGCACGAGAGCCUGCUGGCUUUCCAGAGCCCUUUAGGGAAACUCGGUUCAUGCCACUGGCCGUGACGCUGCCGAGCGUGCCCAGCCCUCAGCAGAGCCACUGGCACUGCAGCUGUGGCAUGAGUUCACUUACACCUUAGCAAAAGGUGGCAGCGAGGGCAGCUUUCCAAGCUGGAGCUUUGUCCAGCCCCUUUGCCCGGGGACCACAGGCAUUGCCUUCACAGAGACCUCCCUGGUCAUGUCGAUGGCAGAUCGCGGUCUAGCUGUGGUCAGUGGGCACAGCACUAAGCACGAUGACAGCAAAGUAUGUGAGCGUGGGACGUAAGGCCAGGUUGGGUUGGCACCUGCCUGGUGAGCAGGCUGCAGUGGGAAGCCUUUGCAUGAUGAGGAAUUUAAUGGAAGUUGUCUGAAUCCACAGUGAAUGAUGCUAGCUUGGGGCUGGUCUGAGCUAGCAAAUGCCUGAGGCCAUCCCUGGGGCUGCUGUCCUGGUUUCAGGGGUGUCUGGUCCCUUUCAGGGGGUGCACGAGCAGGACAGAGCCCAUGUGCUUGGCUGACACUUCAGGUCCUCAGUGAAUGGGGCUAGUUGCAUGCCUGGGGUGGCGUUUUCUUGGUGUAGCUUUCUUUCCUUUUUUGUGCUUAAAUCCAGCAAGGAGAAAUACUGAAUCCACCCCAGGCUGUGUCUGAGCUGCUCAGGACACAUUGCAAAGGUUGUAUUUUUGCUGUAGCAGCCGAGUCCCAUUUCCAGAAGGGCAGCAUCCAGUGGGACAAGCAAGGGAGGCAGCUCAGUGAGGGUUCAGAGCGUGGCCAUGCAGCAAGCGGGAUGUGAGAGCAGUGGACGUGUCGCCCUGCCUGUCCGAGAGCACCAGGAAUGUUCCAGAAUAGGCCUCUUAACAAAAGGAUUUCCAGGAAAAGGUAGCCUCUUACAGAUUUAAUUGUUAGUACUUGUAUUGCUAUUUUUUUUAAACAGUCCAAUGAUAUAUGAUUUGUACAGAAGAUCUGUUUGUGCCUUAUAAGGGUGUCCGUGCACUUUUUAUCCUUUUUAAAGCAAAUUUUAAAAAGAAAAAAAAAAAGUAUCCAGGGGGAGAAAAAUAACACAGAUCAAUGGUAGUUUUAUAGAAUUUUGUGUUCACUGAGAAUCCUGCUUUUUUAUAUAUAUAUUGGAGUGAAAAAGUGUUUUAUUUCCAUGGAUUCUGCCCCCCCCUCCUCCUAACCUAUUUGUUUAAAAAUUUACAAAAGGAAGAAAGAAAAAGAAGAGAUGGGGGAAACUCUUUUACCUUCCCCCUUUCUGAGAAAGUUACUCUCCUGUUGUUACCUUUAUGAUUCAGUACUGUGACCUGUACAUCAUGUUGAAGCUGAAUCAGAUUUUGGACCUCUGUAUUAGGCUUUUCAAGCAAAUCAUUUGGGGGACCUGGGGGGGUGGGAGGGCAUCGCACGAGGGAGGGAACUGCACUUCUACAUGUCAGUGCUCUAUAGCGUUGUGUUCAGUGCUGUGUGUUUUACUUUUGUCCAUUUAUCUGUUUUACAUUAAUAUAAUUUUACUUGUUUAUGAAACAAAUAAAACUUUGGCUUGUAAAGCGUG